AUGAAACAAUUCUUAAAAAUAUUAACUACCCACCUACUUUGUUAUUUAGUUUAACUUGAUGAGUAAUGCUAUUGGAAUUAUCCGAGAGGUUUCGGGGAUGAUACAGCCAAUUCAAUUUUCAAUGUCUUAGAUAUCGAUAAAAGCAUGAAUAUAGUAAUUGGUGGAGAAGUGAGAUCCACCAAUCUCGAUGUUCCUUCUGGUGGAAAAUAUCCCUUUAUAAUGUAUUUAAGUGCAGAUUAAUUCACAAAGUGGGGCAAAUACUAUAAAGAGAAUAAUUUAAACAUGGUGGGGCUUACAUUAGAGUAUCAAACAGAAGACUCACAAAAAGGAUUAGCAAUUUUUAAUAGCGAUUCUACAUUAGUACAAGUAAUGAUAGUGUUCUCAACAUUGGAUGGGGAAAUAUUAGCCUCUUACAGCGAUAUUACCAACAAUGGUAAGAGAUCAUUCACAUUUUUCUACCUUAACUCAUACAUUCUUGAUAAAAAUGGAAACAUCUUCUUGUCUCAAUACAUGCAAUCAAGAAACAGAAUCAUUACUUAAAAAAUUUAGCCUCUUAGUUAAAUUUCACAAUCUACUUUUUCCUCUGCAUGGAGUUUAAUAGAUGUGAACACUUAAACUGUUAUUCAGACAGCUGGCUAGUCUACUUAUCUAGAUUAGACUAAUUAAUAUUUAUAUACAGGAUCCAAAAGUUUAUAUUAUACCUCAUCUAGUACUUAUGACACUUACCUAACAUUAUCAAGGUUUAAGACUAGCGAUGGAACUCCAAGUGGAAGUUAUAGUUUUAUAUAUAAGAAAACAGCCAAUGGAGAUUCUUCAAAUAUAAUGGCUAUCGAUGUUACUAAUUUCGAUUCUCAAACUUAGAUAUUUGCUUGCGGAUCGUAUGUGUAUACAUAGUCACCCAUUGAGUAUAAGGCAAUCAUGAUGAGAGUUAGAAUUUAGCUUGAUGGAACAUUAAUAGAGGCAAGAUUAGCUGAAAUUAGUGAAAGAUCUCAAUGCCAUGCUGCAAGAGGUGUAAGUUCAACUGAAUUUUAUGUGGUGCAAAAUGAUAUAGUAAAUACCCAACUAUUUAUUUCCAGAAUCUAUUCAAUGACUACCUAGUCAGCUAGUAUUCAAAGAACUAGAUUUUAAUAUCAAUCUGCAAAAACUAUAGGAGUCUCUAGACUCCUUAACAAUUUGAAUGUGAUUUACGCUGGCUCAAUCAUUAAUUCCUAGAUAUCAAGCUCAUUUACCUAAGGAUUUCUAAUGUCGCGAGACACCAAGCUUUCUUGCUCUCCAAAUAAUUUAGACCCCUAUGUAUUUGGAGGCAAUGGAUAUUUUUAUUCUGUUUAAGGUUCUAAAAUAUCGACAGCCUUCACAAGUGUUGUUAUGACAUACUAAAAUAUAGCUAAUGAUUUAUUUAAAGCUCUUGAUCUAUCUUAAUUUAAUGUAGAUUAGAGAUACAUCUGCUCAUUUACACCUAGCAUCAAGUUAAAAGAUGAUGAAUCUUCUAUAAACUAAUUAAUAUACAUCAAAGACAUUGAUUACAUGUUUGCAUUUGAUGACUUGUUUUAAGGAGAUGAAGAUUGCUCAGAUAUCAAGAGGUUUUAUACUUUGAAAUAAGACUCCUCUAAUGCAGUCUAGUUUAUUCUUUAAAAUUAAUAGAUCCUUACUUAAAAACUAGAAAAUCUAGCACAAUCUCAGAAUUAAGUUGAAGUUACUGGCUACUUUCCUGAUGGAUAAAGCAUAAAAUUAAGUCUUAAUAUUGAAUUUAUAAAUUGUAGAAAAACUUAAGUUGUCUUGGAUUAAGAAUAUCAGGAUAUUACUUACGUAAUUGGAUAAGAGUAAAUCGUAAGAGAUCUUGGGAAUUAUAGAAUUGAUUACUCAACUGAAUGUGGUCUGCCUGACCUUCAAUAUUCCGUUUAACCUUAAGUUUCUGAUCUUAUAGAAAUUGAUUAAUCACUGAAUUAGCUUAAAAUUGAGACUUAAGAAAUAGAAAAAUAAGGUAUAUAUCAAAUCUAAUUAAAAUACAUCAACAAAUACGAUAUUACAAAUAUUUAAAAGUUCUCGUUUAAAUUGAAAGUAAAAUGCUUGCAAGAUGAUAUUAGCUAUGCUUAUCUUGGCGAUUCAAAUAGCUUCAGCUAUGAAAUUUAAUAGCCAUUAUUGAAUUUGGAUUUCAUGGCUAACCUGACCUACUAAAAUCUUUGUAGAUACAACAUUAAAUACCAGGCUAGAUUGGUGAGUGGAGAUGAUUUGCCUGAAUUCAUUUAAUUCAAUAAGGAGCUUUUGCUUUUCACUAUUUAGACUGAUGCAGUUGAAUAUAUUGGGAAUUAUAAUAUCAAGAUUAUGGCAAUUUACGAUGAGAUAGAAUAAAUCAUUAAUGAUGAAUUCUCUUUUGAGUUGAUAGUAAAUGACUUAAUUUUGACGACGACUACAACAACAACCUCUACCACUGAAACUCCAGAUCCAACUCCUACACCAACUCCCACUCCUACUCCUACACCCGACUAUUAAUUUAAACUGCACAAUAUGUGUGAAUAAUACAUAUUGUAUCGACUUAACGAGCACUACAACCACAACUACUACCACAACUACCACAACUACUACUACUACUACAACCACGACAACAACCUCAACGACAACAACCUCUACUACAACAACUACAACCACAGCUACUACAACAUCCUCAUCGACAACAACUUCAACUACAACUACUGCUACACCAGUACCUACUAAAACUCCAACACCAACUCCAACAACAACGUAAAGUGUUACUACUACAUUAAGUUUAGAAUAACUUUCUAGGCUUAACAGAUACUCACCUAUUUUCGUGAAUCUACCAUUAAACCAAAAUAUAAAAGCUGA